UGAAGCAGGUUGGAGUUCACACAUCAGAGACAGGUGGAUAAAGAGAGUGGAGGGAUAAAUCUGGAUGGGAUCGCGUGCCGGCUCGAGCCAGCGCAGCUAUGUUCAGCACUUUGAAAACGCUUUUUCGGCCCAAAACUGUGGCGGCAGUAGCUCAGAACCCUGGACCUCCGACACCAGCACCUGCAACCGCACCUGCUCCGGCUUCAACACCAGCACCUGCUCCUCCAACAAAGGAGGAAAAUACAAAUGCAAAGAAAGAUGAAGAAAAAAAAGAAGAGAAAAAGGAGGAAAAGCCUGCCGAACCAGCUCCUGCAUCGGCUUCAGUACCGGCUCCUGCUCCAGCACCUACACCUGCUCCAGCACCCACACCUGCUCCAGAGCCCCCUAAACCAGAAGCCAAACCAGCGGAUCCAGCCAAUCCCGGAGCAGAAGCUGCAAAGGGCGAGGAUGCACCACCACCACCUUCUCCACCCAUCGUCAUCAACAGAUACUGUGACGACCAUCUGCGAGACAUUGUGAAGAAACUACGGGAGAGGACAGAGCUUUAUAAGGAGAAAGUCAUAGACCUCUACGCCUCGUCCCCAGAGCACAGCCCACCCGUCACACCGGUUUAUCGAAAAGAAGACUGGAUCAAAAAGCAGGAAGCGGAGAGAAUAAAACGAGAAGAGGCCGAGCAGAAGAAAAAAGAGGAGGAUGCUAAGAAAGCAGCAGCGAAGAAAGAAAAAGAGGAGAAAGAAAAGAAGGAGAAAGAGGAAAAGCUGAAAGCUGAGAAGGAGAAGGCAGAUAAGGAGGCGGCCGAAGCCAUAUGCCCCAAAAUCAAAUGCAAUUGCAUAGACACACUUCUCAAACCUUUUGAAGACAAGAUGGAUGCAUAUUUGGGGACAACCAUCGACCCUUUUACAGAUCGUCGGUAUAUUAAAUGGCUAAGUGUCGUCACAAUCGCUUUUAACUACAACGUUUGGCUGGCCACGGCACGUUUGUGUUUCCCGUACCACACACCUGUGACCAUCCCCUUCUGGAUCUUUUUUGAUAUCCUCGCAGACCUUGUGAACAUCAUAGAUAUCACCAUGUUUCAGCCACGCUUACAGUUUGUGAAAGCAGGAGAUAUCAUAAAAGACAGAGAACUGGCAAAACAGAAUUACAGAGCAUCUGCCAGAUUUCAGACAGAUCUGAUAAGCAUCAUACCAUUUGACUUCUUGUGUUUCCACUUUGGGUUUACAUCAGUCUUUAGGAUAAACCGGUUUGUGCGGUAUCAGUCAUUUUUUGAGUUCAGUGAUCGUCUGGAAAGCAUCAUGUCUAAGGCAUAUAUCUGGAGAGUUGGCCGCACUACUGGAUAUCUACUCUACUGUCUCCAUUUAAACGCCUGCCUUUACUAUGUAGCAUCAGAAUACGAGGGUCUGGGCAGCACUAAAUGGACAUAUAACGGAAAAGGAAAUGCGUAUCUACGCUGUUAUUAUUUUGCCACCCGUACGCUUAUCACUAUCGGAGGUCUCCCCGAGCCCCAUACGCUCUUUGAGAUCAUCUUCCAGCUGGUGAACUUCUUCACAGGAGUCUUUGUCUUCUCUAGCUUGAUUGGACAGAUGAGAGAUGUCAUUGGAGCAGCUACGGCGGGUCAGACAUACUUCCGUGCCUCUAUGGACGCCUGUGUGGCGUAUAUGAACACCUACACCAUCCCAAAGCUGGUGCAGAAUAGAGUGCGUACCUGGUACAACUACACCUGGGAUUCCCAGGGCAUGCUGGAUGAAUCUGAGUUAUUAGAAAAUAUGCCUCUGGUGAUGAGAACAGCCAUCGCUGUGGACAUCAACCUCGCCACCUUCCAGAAGAUCGACCUCUUCAAGGGUUGUGACAACCAGAUGCUUGUGGACAUGUUGCUACGUCUGAAAUCCAUUGUGUACUUGCCAGGAGAUUUUGUGUGUAAGAAGGGUGAUAUUGGGAGAGAAAUGUAUAUUAUUAAAGCUGGAGAGGUGCAGGUCAUCGGUGGACCGGACAAUAAGAUUGUGUUCGUGACUCUGAAAGCAGGCUGUGUGUUCGGAGAGAUCAGUCUCUUACAGUCAGCAAAAGAUGGAGGCAACAGAAGAACCGCUAACGUUGCUGCUCAUGGAUUCGCCAACCUCUUCGUACUGGAUAAGAAAGAUCUCAAUGACAUCCUGGUUCAUUACCCCGAGUCUCAGAAAGUGCUGGCCAGGAAGGGACGGAAACUGAUGAAGGCCAAAGGUAAAGCUGCUCCUGUCAAAGAUGAAGGUGAAAAGAAGAAGGGAUUGGCAAUGUUUGGACAAAAACCACCCACUCCGAAAAUGAUGCGUGCUUUUGGAGGCUUCGGGAAAGGAGGAUUGCUGGACAAACUCAGGCAAGCUCAAGCAGCAGAAAAAAAGGAUUGAAAAAUACAUCCAUCCAACCAUCCAUCAAGGGUAUCAUCCAUCCACCAAUGCAUUAUUCAUCUGUUCAUCUGUCCAUUUCACAACCUAUCUAUAUAUCUAUCUAUCCAUGCAUCCAUCCAUUUGUCAAUUGUAUUCAUCCAAUCGUCUGUCUAUCCUUCCAUCUAUGCAUUAAUCCAUUCAUCCACCCAUCUAUCCAUAUGUCAAUUGCAUCAUCCGUUUAUCCAUCCACCCAUCCAUCCAUCUUUGCAUCCAAUGUCUGUCAAUCCAUCCAAUGUCUGUCGAUCCAUUCAUCCGUUCAUCUAUCCAUUUGUCAAUUGCAUCAUCCGUCCAUCCAUUUAUCCAUCCGUCCAUACAUCCAUCCAUCCAUCCAUUUGUCAAUUGGAUCCAUCCGUCCAUCCAUCCAUCUUUGCAUCCAUCUGUCCAUCCAUCCAUCCAUCUAUGCACCCAUCUGUUGUCCAUCCAUCUAUCCAUGUCAGUUGCAUCAUCCAUCUGUUUAUCCAUCCGUCCAACCAUCUAUCUUUGUAUAAAUCCAUCCAUUUGUCAAUUGCAUCCAUCCAUUCAUCCAUUUGUCAAUUGUAUUCAUCCUUUUGGUCCAUCCAUCUAUCCAUCCAUCCAUCAGUGCAUCCAUCCGUUCAUCCAUCCAGCUAUCCAUUUGUCAUUGGCAUCAUAUGUCCAUCCA